CGGAGCUAGGCCACGACGGUGCGCACGCGCAAAUAAUACAUCCGGUGUGGUCGUCUGGUCUUCAUCCGAGUAUCUUGUGUGCAGUCAUGUCGGCGUCGGUAGUGUCAGUCAUUUCGCGGUUCUUAGAAGAGUACUUGAGCUCUACUCCGCAGCGUCUGAAGUUGCUGGACGCGUACCUGCUGUAUAUACUGCUGACCGGGGCGCUGCAAUUCGGUUACUGUCUCCUCGUGGGGACCUUCCCCUUCAACUCUUUUCUCUCGGGCUUCAUCUCUUGUGUGGGGAGUUUCAUCCUAGCGGUGUGCCUGAGAAUACAGAUUAACCCACAGAACAAAGCGGACUUCCAAGGCAUCUCCCCAGAGCGCGCCUUUGCUGAUUUUCUCUUUGCCAGCACCAUCCUGCACCUUGUUGUCAUGAACUUUGUUGGCUGAAUCAUUCCCAUUUACUUAAUUGAGGAGCAGGAGACUGAAAGAAUGUUCACUCUUUGAAUUUCCUGGAUAAGAGUUCUAGAGAUGGUAGCUUGUUGGGCACAUGGAUUUUCUUCAGAUUUGCACUUACUGCUAGCUCCGAUUUUUAUGCAGGAGAAAAAUCCAGAGUUCACUCUGUAGCAGAACAACUUUGUAACACACAUGUAUUAAUCUAACCUCUGCCUUUCGUUAAAUGUAACCUUUUGCCUUUGAAAUUAAAGAACUCCAUGCAUCUCCU